CUUUGCAUAUAGUAGAAUCCUUAAGCUAUCAGCAGACGCAGCCAACUGCUCCAUAUUUGGCUUAUGUUACACACGCAGUUACAGAGUGAGAGAGCCAGCGCUAGAGGAGAGAAGCAGAGAGCAGGAGCGGUGUCUGCAAGACAGACAUUACUACAGAGCUACAAGCUCGGCUUCCUUCAUCGAGGAGCACCACCUUCUAAAGACUCGCCGCCUUAUUGUAUGCUAACGAGGAGAACCAAGUGACAUUCAAGAUGCAUCUGAGCGGCAAUAAUCACCACAUGAGCAACACUAUUCACACUUGUAUAGUGCUUUCCAUGUAAUAAACUUCACCAAACACUUUAUAGGGCAUCGGUGUUAACAUCUGGAACUUGUCCACAGUAGCGGGAAAGCCUCAGCACCCACGACUAAAGUAAAUUUAUAACUCUGGGACAGAAGCAGAACUUGAAAGUAGGCCACAAAAAGAGGGACAAGAAAUUUCUUUCAAGAAUUUCUAACAUGAAAUGAUUAAUUUUAUGGGUUCCCAGAGAUCUGCUUUUUUCAAGAAACAAAGUGUUCAAAUGUCCGACAAGUGUAGUGAGCUGCGACUGGCAUUUACCAUUCAUGCUUAAGACACGCUGAAGAUCUGUGAUGUAAUGGAUACACCAGAGAUGAUGGAUGGAUUCUGAUGGAUGCUGACUGAAGAACUGCAUUUCAAGUGGCUCCCAGAAACACAGUCAAUGAGAACACUGAAAGUUGGAAGUAAUUCUGAAAAUUUCUUGAUCUCUGAAGUCAGUGAUAAGAUUCCGGAGCAGUUGUGAAGAAUUCUGGCUGGAGGAAAUGACGCCUCAUGCAGUUCUUGGAUCAUUUUGGGACGAACUGCCAGAAAGCAAAUGCGACAUCCAGGUUAUCAAACUAGAAUCAAAGCCUAACAGACACUAAACAAGUCUUUUUAAAAAUGAAAUCGAACCAGGAACGCAGCAAUGAAUGUUUACCACCCAAAAAGCGGGAGUUUCCUGUUAGCACCCUGCCCUUGGCAGAGAAGGCGGUUGUAGCAGCUACUGUGAGUGAGAGCAGUCGCAGUGAAAACUUGGCAUGGCUCGCCAAUGUAGCUAGCAGCCAAAGCAGUGUGGGCAUGAGGUAUGGACAUGUCAAAGUAGCAGGAGAAACCCCAGUGGAAACUGGCUUACCGCUGUAUAAACCACUUGCGACUGCAGUGGACUAUUCAUCGCCUGGGAAUGUUAGACCAGCUCCAGGGGUAACACAUCUUCGUGCUGUUUAUUCAUCUUCAGCAUUAGCUCAACCAGGACCUUCUGCGUCGCCAGUAGAGUAUGCCCCCCUGCAGCCUGCUGCUUUUCAGUUUGUUGGGCCACCUUACAGCGGACCAUACAGUGGCCCUGCUGCAUUCGUCCCUUCCCCAUUAAUCUCCCCAACAGCCUCUAAUGCUUCUGCCACUCCAUCUCAGUAUUCCCAUCUAGAACCCUACCCUACAAUCUUUGCCAGUAUGGGUAGCCCAUCCCAGCAUAAAGUUGAGCAGCAGGUGGUCAGGCCGCACAGAAUGAUAACCGGGUCGCCUCUACCCACGGUGCAAAAUCAGUAUGUGCAAAUUUCAAGUUCGUCUCCAAAUGUGACCAGGCCCCUCUCCCCUACAACAGUUCCCCUGCAUUUACACACUCACCCAUCCCUGAUACCGCAUACCCUUGCAGUCAGUACCCCAUCACAGGUGGUUCUCCAAUAUGCAGAUACUGGAUACCAUGUUGCACCAAGGGAAUCCAUGAGGAAGGUUGAAGACAUCAGACCACAUUUAGUUCCAAGAAGGGAAGUAUCAAAUGGUGAAAUUGAAAAAAGCAGGAGAUACGCCAUCUCACCCAGCACAGAAAUGAACAUGGAAAAAGCAGCAAACAAACCAGUUUCUCGGCACUAUGAAAUAAGGCAUGGGACCCAUGGGGUUGUUCACCCAAGUCCUGCUGACUAUAAUGCACAAGAAACGUUAGGCACUAGAGCCUCAGUAAUGAUUAUACCCAACAGUCACACACCUACAACAGAUCUGGAGGUCCAACAGGCCAUAGACAGGGACAGCUCUCCUUUGGCACUAUAUGAUAAGACUAACUUAAAUCAUGGGAAGGCUGCGUUUUCUCCACAUUCUGUCAUCCAAACUACCCAUAAUCCCACUGAGCACCUCUCUAUAGGACUACCUGCUAGUGCUGUGUACCCUGGCUCUCAACAGCCACUUAUUGGUUACAUAAGCAGCCAGCAGCAAGCACUUGGUUACCAUGGGAACCUACAACAACACCUAGUAAUCCCAGGCACCCAGCCCCUCCUCAUUCCUGUAUGCAGUACAGCGGUUGAAGCAUCAGGGGCAACAUCUACAAUAGUUACAACAUCUUCUCAGUUUGCUGCAGUGCCUCAUCCAUUUGUCAGCACAGCCAGUCCCAAGAGUGAAAACUAUCAUGCUGAAUCGCUUGUUACUCAGCCAACUUACCAGACGACUGUUGUACAGGCCCAAGUACACCUGCCAGUGGUGCAGUCAGUGAACCCUCCUGUUGCAGCUUCUAAUCAACUGCCUCCCUACUUCAUGAAAGGAUCAAUCAUACAGCUAGCUAAUGGAGAGCUUAAGAGAGUUGAAGACUUAAAAACAGAGGACUUCAUACAGAGCGCUGAAAUCAGCAGUGACCUGAAGAUUGACUCUAGUACUGUGGAGCGCGUUGAAGGCAGUCACACCUCCAGCUUUGCUCUCCUGCAGUUUGCAGUUGGAGAACACAGAACACAGGUCAGUGUUGAAGUUCUGGUGGAACACCCUUUUUUUGUUUUUGGAAAAGGCUGGUCAUCAUGUUGCCCGGAGAGAACCUCCCAACUCUUUGGUUUGCCAUGUUCCAAACUUUCUGUUGGUGACGUUUGCAUAUCUCUUACACUGAAAAAUCUGAAAAAUGGCUCUAUAAAGAAAGGACAGGCUAUUGACUCGACUGGUGUCUUGUUGAAGCACCCAAAGAAUUAUAGUAUAUCUGAGAACAGGCCCCGGCACUUGGAGCGAGAGAACGGGAUUGUUCAGGGAAGUGUACCAGUUGUCUCAGAAAAUGGCAAACUGAAGUUUUCUGAAACCAUUACAAGGUCUUGGCUCAACAAAACAGAGGUCGGGAGGCCUCCAACAAGGAAAAGGAGGUGGUCUGCUCCCGAAACACGAAAAGUAGAGAAGACAGAUGAAGAGCAGCCGUUGAAUCUUCCCAAGCCUUCCUUCAUUCCUCAGGAGGUUAAGAUUUGCAUUGAAGGACGGUCCAACGUAGGUUCUCAAACAAAACUGAAAACUGUUGGAAGUGAACAGGGGGUGAUAACUUUUUUAAUUUGUGCAAGUAACUUGAAGCUUAGCUAGCAUUGGAAACUCUAAUUUCUUGGCUUGUAGCUGGCACUUGCAUCUUUAAGAUUGUAUUCCAAAGCUGUUUCAAGAUCUUAAUGGGGAG